AUGUAUUUGCCCCGGAGUCUUAUUUCUCAGCUUUACCUUCAACUUCUUCGAUCCCAUCAUCCGCUCUCGCCGCCUGUACUUAUCCUCGCUGCCCUUGAACCAGAUGCGCUAUGUGCCUGUCGAAUCCUUACGACAUUACUUAAACGGGAUUAUAUACCUCAUAAAAUACAGCCAAUUAACGGGUAUGGCGAUCUGUCCCGUGCUGGAGAAGAGUUGGUCCGUCCAAUGCGAACGACAGAGGGUGGAAGUGGGGGUGUGGUUGUUUGCAUGGGUGUGGGAGGACUGGUAGAUUUGGGCGAUAUAUUAGGCCUCGAUGUGGACGAGACGGGGGGCAUGGGUGGAGUUGAAGUAUGGGUCAUUGAUGCAAGAAGACCGUGGAAUCUGGGCAAUGUUUUUGGAGGUUAUCCCCGACGCGUUCAUUUGGAGGAACAGGAUCCAAAUCAGAGACACAAAGCUAUUGGCGUUGAUAAAGGGUGUAUCACACCAUCUUACAAAUCCAAUGAAGGAGGAAUAAUUGUUUUUGACGAUGGUGAUAUUGAGGAAGAAUUGACUGCGGAAAGGGAAGCUUAUUGCUCCCUCCUCGAAAUGCCUGAAUUGGACGAGGAUGGGGAGGAUUACGAUUCUGAUAGUGGCGUAGACCGAGAUGAGGAGCCUGGCUCCCAUUCAAAGAAAAGAAAGUCAUUGUCAGAUCGUGAUGAUGGUGAUGACUGGUCUGAUGACGAGGGGCCACCGCGACAGAGACGCAGGAGCAUCUCUGGAUCUUCAAUAACGUUAGCCAACCGUUAUGGACGCGAACAGGGAGACUCUUCCCAGGCAUCUCGCUCCCCGUCACCCGCAUCAGGUUCAGAAUCCCCAGCAGCCCCAAAGCAACCCUCUUCGCGUACUCUGCGGCGUCGAUUGGUCCGUCUAAAACGAAAACACGAAGCCGUCCUGCGAAUCUACUAUUCCCUUGGCACAUCUUAUUCUGAACCCAUAUCAUCUCUGUUAUACUCUCUUGCAUCUGAACUGGGACGGGACGACAACGACCUUCUAUGGCUUGCAGUUGUCGGGGUGUCUAGUUUGGAGCUUUCAGGCCGCACCAUGGCAGGUGUGGGGAUAUCUAAUGCUUCAGAAUCUGGAGGAUCGGCGGGUUGGGGGGGUGAGCGAGGCGAACGUAUUCGACAGGCUCUUCGGGAUGAAGUGCGUCGAUUAAACCCGCCUGAUAUCUCAGAUACCGGCCGCGAAGCACUAAGGAGUGAAGUCCAUGACGUUAUUCCCACCACUGGGCGCUCACCCACAGAUACAUCUAUCCUACUUUCACCUGAACCGCGGUUCUUACUUGUCCGCCAUUGGUCCCUUUACGAAAGUAUGCUCCACAGUCCAUAUCUGGCAGCCCGACUUCAUGUCUGGAGCGAAACUGGGCGCAAACGCCUCCAUAAACUCCUCGCGAAAAUGGGUGUGAGUCUUAGCCAGUGCCAUCAAAAUUACACUCAUAUGGACAUGGAACUCAAGCGCGUGCUGCGGCAAAAACUUCUCAAGUAUGCCCCACUGUACGGACUGGAAGGGCUGGUCCCUCCAGCAUCUUCAGGGGGUAAAUUUGGUUCUUAUUCAGGUUGGGGAUUCGUUCGCUGUUGGGGUUGGAAAGCAUGUCUGUCCGCCACUGACGUCGGUGUAAUUAUUGGCGCUAUCCUCGAAGUUGGGAAAAUAGACACCUCUUUAAUGGAUAUCGAUCGUCAUCGUUUUCGAAGAGCCCAGGGCAAUGAUGAUACUGUGUCUCAUGAUGCUACGGAUUCGGACUCAGAUGCUUCUAACAUACAUAGCCGUUUCUGGAGCGCUUACGAUGCCAUAUCCUUAACUUCCUCCGAAUCUCCAACGAAUCUCUUGAACGCCCUUCCUCUAGCUCAGCAUCUCCAUCGUGCGAUCUUACGCACCGGAACAUCACUUCUCUCCAAGCACCAAAUUCGGCAUUUACGUGCGUUUAGGAUUGCAGUGGUAAAGGAUGGACCGGAUAUGAAGCUGUUCACAAAUCCUGGGGCACUGACUAAACUCGCACUUUGGGUUGGGGAGGCCGUUCGCGUACAGGAGCAUGAAAACGGAGAUGGCAUGAAGAUUGGCGGUAAACGAGCAAUUGGGACACCACUCGUCCUGGCUGGUCUGGACGAAGAUAGGAACGUCUAUGUAGUUGUUGGAACAGGUGGUGGAGGGGGUGUGGUAGACUUUGCAGCUCUGUCGCAGCGACGGGACGAGAAACGAAAGAAAAAAGAAGCGCAGGAGAAGAGACGAGCGGAACGAGAGGAAAGGCGUGCUCAGCGGGCUGUUGAGAAAGCGGAGUGCGGAGAUGAUGAGAAUGAUGACGAGGAAGAAGAGACAGAAGACGAGGACGAUAACUCUUCCUCGUCUGGUUCUGAUUCUGAAUCUGACGGUGAUAAGGAACAGACCAAUUUACGCACUCGAAGCAUUGCCCGAAAUCGCUUUGGAAUUGCUUUCCAAGAGGUCGUUCACGAGACGAAUGCAAGAGUGCGAAUUGAUAGUUUCGAGCAUUGUGUGGUUGAGGUGCAGAAGGAAGAUCUGGGUGGGUUUCUCGAGGCCCUGAGCUUCCGAAGCGUGGUUGGAUAA